GACGUCAGCGCUCGAAUGUCAACAACGUAGAGUUGGGAGAAAGCGUUUCAUACGAGGGAUACAAACAGCAGAGGAGGAAGCUGCACGCUGUUUUUCAAAGGGACAAAACGGUAACAUUCACUUAAGAGCAGUCGUAACACAGAGUAGGCCCAACCACGCUUUACACGUUAUAAUACGAAAUAUUGAUGACUAUUGCUAAACACACGCUUUCAGCAGUUUGGAGUGGGUGCUGCUGAAGUCACCAUGUGGAAUCAAUCUAAUUUGUAAGAGACCGACGGAGCGCUGACGUGCAAGAAAACAGGAAAGUUAAGGGUGUGAGCGGGAUGUCUCUGGAUGUGGGUGCCCAAGCCGGGUCCAGGGAGACACCCAUGUACGUGUAUGAGUCGACGGUGCACUGUGCCAACGUGCUGCUGAGUCUGGAGGACCAGCGGCGGCUGAACAUCCUGUGUGAUGUGACGGUGGUGGUGGAGGGGACGGAGAUCAGGGCCCACAGGGCCGUCCUGGCAGCCAGCAGCAGAUACUUCCUACAGGUGCUACUGGGACACACACACCCCGAGCAGGAGCCAAUCAUCAGCCUGUCUGACAAGGUCACAGCCAGGGGGUUUGCCCCGCUGCUACAGUUUGCCUACACAGCCAAACUGGUUCUAAGUAGAGAGAACAUCCAUGAGGUGAUCCGCUGUGCUGACUUCCUGGGCGUUCACAACCUAGAGGACUCCUGCUUCCGUUUUCUGCAGGCCCAGCUGCAUAGCGACACCACUGAUCACAACAAUGGCCUUCUUUGUCGCAAGGAGCUGCCGCCGUCGGCGCACACUGAUGACCUCAUCACGGAGGACGACGGUGGUGGAGGUGGUUCUGCGUCGUCCGAGACCCCCAGGGUGACGUCAUCCUCUGCGAUGAGGUGGCGACCCAAUCACUCGACCCUCAUGCCCCUCACCAGCAGCCUGACCUCUGACCUCCCACGAUGCGCCAAAUACAGGAAGUACCAGCAGGCCUGCGCCAAGCACAACGGAGAGACCGAGGAAGAUGACAGUGUCACCUCGGCCACCUCGUCACGCUGCCGUGCCUCAGCCUCCCCAGGCCGCUCAGAAACCAGUAUCACCCGACAAGGGGAACACCCCCUCUCCCCCUCCAGAAUCAAAGAGGAGCCCCGCUCCGGGGGCGAGGGAGAGGGGAGUCCCCCAGGACUGUCAGAGGAUAGCCAGAAUGUCCUGGAGAUGGAGCUGGAGCUGGAGGGGGGGCCAGGGCCCUCAGCACGUCCACCCAGCAGAGGCUCUCCAUCCUGCCUGCGCUCCUACCUUCAGAGGGGCCUCCUGGAUCUCAGCAACCCAGCCAGCACUCUACCUUCCACUCCUCCCACCCAGCAGCUACUGACCAACAGAAUCUCACUAGCCCAUAACAGGGACAGAGACAGGGGGGCAUCUCAGGGGGAGGGUGUAAGGGACCUUGGGGCAGUAUCUACAGGGGCAGUGGGUUUAUCUGAUGGAGACAUGGAGGGGGUAGUAGAGGACAUGGCCAUGAAGCCACUCGUCUCAGACGGAGUCAUCAAACAGGAAGUAGAGUUGGAUCGCCGCAGCAGCGUCAUCUUCUCCCCCGGGGCAUGUGACCAUCUGGGAACAUCGUCUCAAUCCUACUCCGACCGGAAGUCUCUGGAAAAAGAUCUGUUGGAGAUCACGUCAAAAUCCCUGUGGACAGGUGUUAGUCAGUCUCUCCCCUGCCGGCAGACAUACUCUCCCCUACCCUCCUCCACCACCCCCUCCACAGCCCUCCAGGACCCCCUGCCAACUAUGGCCUGCCGACCGCGGCCCACCACCAGCUGCCCUCUGCCCAUAAAGAUCUCCCCCUGCUCCCCUGCCUGCGAGCCCUGCACACGCACGACCAGCUCCUGCUCAUCUUUCUCCUACCUGGAGGACGGGGGCAGCGGGGACUCGCCCUCCAGCCUGCCCCAGUUUGAGUUGUCCUCCUCCCCAUGCUCUGUGUCGGGCUCUGGCCUGGUGGGGGAGCAGAGGGAGCACGGUGGGAUGGUGGUAGGGGAAGCCAUCUUCUCUCAGGGCCGCACCAAGAUCAAGUGUGAACGGACGUACGGGGCCAACUCCAGUGAUGAAUCUGGGUCCUUCUCAGAGGGAGACAGUGAUUCUGGCCCUGCCAGAGAGCCAGGUCCUGAGGUCAAACUUCCCUUCCCGGUGGAUCAGAUCACCAAUCUUCCGCGUAAUGACUUCCAGAUCAUGAUAAAGAUGCACAAACUGACCUCAGAGCAGCUGGAGUUCAUCCACGACAUCCGGCGGCGCAGUAAAAACCGCAUCGCUGCCCAGCGCUGCCGCAAGAGGAAGCUGGACUGCAUCCAGAACCUGGAGGUGGAGAUACGCAAACUGGUGCAUGACAAGGACAAGCUACUGAGUGAGAGGAACCAGCUGAAGGUGUGUAUGGGCGAGCUGUGGCAGAACCUCUCCUACCUGUCCCAGGCUGUGUCCCAGGAGGUGUGCAGAGAGGUGCAGGGGAACCACGAGAAGACCCACGCCCUGCUCCCUACACACAGGCCCAGAGUUCCUACUGCCACCACCAACAGCAUCUCCAUCAUGGCCAGCAUCGACCUCACCUCCAACCCAGGCUCCCCCACCUCAGAGGGCAGCCAGGUCAAGUCCCCCUGCCCCUCUGAAAGCCCCAUGGAGAGAGACGUUGGCCCUGGGCAAAGGCGGCAGGGCGGUGGGGAGACAGAUGUGUCUGUCCUAGGGCAGGAGGACCCUGAGUCUUCCCUGGAGCCUGGAGCAUCUACGGGUGUGUGUAGCCCCACUGUUUUGGUGGAUUUCUCUCAGGAGAUGACUGAGAAAUGUACAACAGAAGAACAGCCCGGACAGGACUGUAUCUAGCUAGCAAAGGCUGAAUAGCUAGCAACAGGGUGAAUAGCUAGCAACAGGCUGAAUAGCUAGCAACAGGCUGAAUAGCUAGCAACAGGCUGAAUAGCUAGCAACAGGGUGAAUAGCUAGCAACAGGCUGAAUAGCUAGCAACAGGGUGAAUAGCUAGCAACAGGCUGAAUAGCUAGCAACAGGCUGAAUAGCUAGCAACAGGCUGAAUAGCUAGCAACAGGCUGAAUAGCUAGCAACAGGCUGAAUAGCUAGCAACAGGCUGAAUAGCUAGCAACAGGCUGAAUAGCUAGCAACCGGCUGAAUAGCUAGCAACAGGCUGAAUAGCUAGCAACAGGCUGAAUAGCUAGCAACAGGCUGAAUAGCUAGCAACAGGCUGAAUAGCUAGCAACAGGCUGAAUAGCUAGCAACAGGCUGAAUAGCUAGCAACAGGCUGAAUAGCUAGCAACAGGCUGAAUAGCUAGCAACAGGCUGAAUAGCUAGCAACAGGCUGAAUAGCUAGCAACAGGCUGAAUAGCUAGCAACAGGCUGAAUAGCUAGCAACCGGCUGAAUAGCUAGCAACAGGCUGAAUAGCUAGCAACAGGCUGAAUAGCUAGCAACAGGCUGAAUAGCUAGCAACAGGCUGAAUAGCUAGCAACAGGCUGAAUAGCUAGCAACAGGCUGAAUAGCUAGCAACAGGCUGAAUAGCUAGCAACAGGGUG